AGUUAGUUAGUUAGUUUUGGUUAAAACAGUUUGUAUUUGGAAAUACAUUUGGAAUUGAGCAUGGACGUGGUUUAGAAAACGGAGCUACUAAAAUUUAGAACAAAAAUUAAAAUUUCAAAGUUGUUAAAUACUGCAUCUGUCAUAACAAAGCAGAAUGAAAGUGAAAGUGGGUUGACGUUCUUCCUUGACUAUAAGGAGCCAUUAGAGAGAGCAAGGCAGGGUGUGACUUGUACAGAAAUGGCAGCCAACACUUCUCGUCUGGAAGAAGAGCUUUCCUGUGCUGUGUGCUGUGAGAUUUUCAAGAAUCCCGUAACUCUUCAUUGUAACCACAGCUUCUGUAAAGCAUGUCUGGGUUGCUACUGGCAAGAUUCGAAAAAACAGGAAUGUCCAGUGUGCAGGGAGAUGUCCCCAGGCCCUCAGCUGCCUGUGGAUUUCAGGCUCAGGAAUAUUGUGGAGUCCUUUUUAAAAGAACAUAGUCAGAAACCUCCAGCACCUACUGGAAUGCUCUGCAGUCUGCAUGAUGAAAAACUGAAGCUGUUCUGUGUGGAUGAUAAUGAGCCUGUCUGCGUAGUUUGUCAAACUUCAGAGAAACAUGGAAAUCACAAGUUCCGUCCAGUCACAGAAGUUGCACGGGAUUAUAAGGAAGAACUCAAAACCGCAAUGAAGCCCUUGCAGGACAAGCUGGAAUCAUUUAAUAAAGUUAAAAAUGAAUGUGAUGACACAGCAAAGCACAUCAAGAAACAAGCCCAGCAAACAGAGAGGCAGAUAAAGGAGGAGUUUGAGGAACUUCACCAGUUUCUACGAGAUGAAGAAAAGGCCAGGAUAGCUGCACUGUGGGAGGAAGAGGAACAAAAGGGAAAACUCCUCGAAGACAAGUUGGAGAAUAUUAAAAGAGAAAUAGCAACCCUUUCAAACACAAUCAUAGUGUUGGAGCGGGAAAUGAAAGCAGAAGAAGUAUCAUUCCUUCAGAGCUACAAAGAUACAAAGAGAAGAGCCGAGCGCACACUGCAGGAUCCACAAUGUGUUUCAGGGGCACUGAUAGAUGUAGCCGAGCACCUGGGCUCUCUGAAGUACAAAGUGUGGGAGAAGAUGUUGGGAAUUGUUCAAUACACUCCAGUGACUCUGGAUCCCAACACAGCACACCCUGAAUUGAUACUGUCUGAGGAUCUAACAAGUGUCAGACACAGUGAUGAUAGACAGCAGCUUCCCGACAACCCAGAGCGGUUUGGUUACUGUGUUUUUGUGGUGGGCUCUGUGGGAUUCACUUCAGGGAAACACUGCUGGGAUGUUGAGGUGGGGAGCAAAACUAAAUGGGAUCUUGGUGUGACAAAGGAAUCCAGUAAGAGGAAAGGGAGCAUCAAUCUGAACCCAGAAGAAGGAUACUGGGCUAUAGCCCAGAGGGACGGGGAUCGGUACAGUGCCUGCACCUCAGAACCUUCACCACUUGCUCUGAAGAAUAAACCAGAGAAGAUCAGAGUUUUGUUGGACUUUGACAGGGGGGAGGUGGCAUUCUUUGAUGCCAGUGAUAUGAGACCUAUUUACACUUUUAAAGAGAGAUUCACUGAGAAAAUGUUUCCAUAUUUCUCUCCUUGCUUAAAUAAAAAUGGUAAAAACCCUGCCCCCCUCAAAGUGUGCCCUGUGAAGGCAGUUCUAAAAGUGUACUAGCCCAAUGUGUUCAGGAUAAACAACUGUGAUGUAUAAUAAUAAUAAUAAUAAUAAUAAUAAUAAUAAUAAUAAUAAUAAUAA